AUGUUGCUGCACAAACUGCUUGUGUGGGUCCUGUCAGUCCUGUGCAGCAGUGACGUGUGUUUGGGGUUCGUCUACGACCGGCCCAAACGCUCAGGAGAGGACGGAGCUUCAGGCAGGGCAGAGUCUCGCUCUGCGUCUCAGUACGUACCCACCUCUGGCUCCUGCAGGAACAGGUGUUUUGAGCUGGUCGAGCUGGAGCCGCCAAACUGUCGCUGUGACAACCUGUGUAAGACCUACAACAGCUGCUGCUCGGACUUUGACCAGCUGUGUCUCAGGACAGAGGGAGGCUACGAGUGCAGUAAAGAUCGGUGUGGGGAGACUCGAAAUGAGCAGCAUGCCUGCCACUGCUCUGAUGACUGUCUGGCAAGAGGAGACUGUUGCACCAACUAUAAGACACUGUGUAAAGGAGACACUUCAUGGCUGCAGGAUGAGUGUGAGGAGAUCAAGUCUGCUGAAUGCCCUGCUGGGUUUGUGCGUCCACCGCUCAUCAUACUGUCAGUGGAUGGAUUUCGAGCUUCUUACGUAAAGAGAGGAAGCAGUGUCAUACCCAACAUCGAGAAACUCAGAACAUGUGGGACCCAUGCUCCAUAUUUGAGGCCUGUUUAUCCUUCCAAAACCUUCCCCAACCUCUACUCACUGGCUACGGGUCUCUAUCCAGAGUCUCAUGGGAUUGUAGGUAACUCCAUGUAUGACCCGGUGUUUGACGCCACCUUCACCCUGAGGAGCCGAGAGAAGCUCAAUCACCGCUGGUGGGGAGGACAGCCAAUCUGGAUCACAGCACUCAAACAGGGAGUGAAGGCUGCCACCUUCUUCUGGCCUGUUGCUAUCCCAAUGGAGAGGCGGAUACUGACCAUGCUGCAGUGGCUCCACCUCCCUGAAGGCGAGAGGCCCUACGUUUACGCCAUGCACUCUGAACAACCAGACACAUAUGGACACAAAGUGGGGCCCAUGAGCGCUGAGCUGAAUAAUCCUCUGAGGGUGAUCGACAGAGUCAUCGGCCAGCUGAUGAACGGGCUCAAGCAGAUGAAACUACACCGCUGCGUCAACAUCAUCAUGGUGGGCGAUCACGGUAUGGAAGAGGCUCACUGUGAGCGCACUGAGUUCCUCAGCAACUACAUGAACAAUGUUGAUGACAUCAUCCUCAUCCCUGGGUCUCUAGGAAGGAUACGCUCCAGAUACCCCAACAACCCCAAAUAUGAUCCUAAGGCUGUUGUUGCAAAUCUAACAUGUAAGAAAUCAGAGCAGCACUUUAAGCCGUACCUAAAGCAGCACCUGCCUAAGAGACUGCACUACGCCAACAACCGACGCAUUGAAGAUAUUCACCUGCUGGUGGAGAGGAAGUGGCAUGUUGCCAGAAGAGUCCCUGAAGGGAAGAGGCACUGUGGCUUCUCUGGUGAUCAUGGAUAUGACAAUAAGAUCAACAGCAUGCAGACUAUAUUCUUGGGGUAUGGACCUACGUUUAAAUUCAAGACUAAAGUUCCAGCCUUUGAGAACAUUGAGCUCUAUAAUGUGAUGUGUGAUCUUCUGGGUCUGAAACCCGCCCCCAAUAACGGAACCCGCGGUAGUCUGAACCACCUGCUGAGAAGCCCCCCCUACAGACCCACCAUGCCAGAGGAGGUUUCCAGGCCAACCGCCUCCGGUCUCAUUCCCAUGGGAACAGACGACCUGGGCUGCAGCUGUGACGACAAGAACAAAGUGGAGGAGCUAAACCAGCGACUGAGGCAAGCUAUGGAUGACAGCAGGAACCUGCCAUAUGGUCGACCUGCUGUACUCUACCGAACCAAAUACUCCAUCCUCCACCACAGUGACUACAUCAGUGGCUACAGUGAGGCUCUCUCUAUGCCUCUCUGGACUUCAUACACCGUCAGAAGACAGGUAGAUGUGUCUCCUCUGCCUGAAGUGCUGUCUAACUGUGUGAGACCUGAUGCCAGAGUCCCUCCAGCCUACAGCCAGUCAUGUACCAACUACAGAGCAGACAAACAGAUCACCUACGGCUUCCUGUACCCACCACAAUUAUCCUCAGGCAUGGACAAAAAAUAUGAUGCUGUACUCAUCACCAACACCGUCCCCAUGUAUCCUGCCUUCAAGAGAAUAUGGGUUUACUUCCAGAGAGCGCUGGUGAAGAAAUAUGCCACGGAGAGAAAUGGGGUGAACGUGCUCAUUGGACCUAUAUUUGACUACAACUAUGAUGGUGUCAGGGACUCAGCUGACAAGAUAAGAGAGCAUACAAGUGGAAGUAUACCCAUCCCCACGCACUACUUUGUGGUCCUGACCAGCUGCUUAGACUUCACACAGGCUGCAGACUCGUGUGGCGGCCCGCUCAGCAGCGCCGCCUUCAUCUUGCCGCACAGAUCCACCAACGACGAGACCUGCAACAGCUCAGAGGAGGAGUCACGCUGGGUGGAGGACCUGAUGAAGAUGCACACAGCUCGGGUCAGAGACGUGGAGCUCCUCACAGGCCUGGACCUGUACCGCAGAACCACACGGAGCUACGCUGAAAUCCUCUCCCUCAAAACCUACAUGCACACCUAUGAGAGCGAGAUCUGA